UACAGGACAGAACCGUGACAGUAACGUGAUCCAGGCGCUGGACUGAUAUUUAUUUUCUCAUCGGCUCUCUUUAGUAACAAGGAUGGUUUCUUCAUCUCCUCUUCGUCUCGCUCUCCUCCUGCUCCUCAUCAUCGCUGUGGCAACGCAGGUAGAGGGACGGCCGUCACCACGGCGACAAGAUGCUCAGGUUCUGCAGGAUCUGUUCGGGCUGAAGAUCAGCUCUCUGCUAUUGGCUCAUCCAGAGGUCAGCGAGGGGUCAGCAGACGAGGCCCCGCCCCCGUCACGCGUGUUCCUGGGUCUCCUCGGCCGUCACAGGAAGCUGCAGGGGCGGAGCAGGAAGGGCGUGGGCCGGGGCUGCUUCGGGAUGAAGGUGGACCGCAUCGGGGUCAUCAGCGGACUGGGAUGCUGACGCUCUCAGCUGAUCUCAGACCUGCACCUGCAGCAUCACAGAUCCGGCUCUCUGUUGGAGUUUGUGUUGUUUUAGUGGCUGUUGGAUGAUUAUUUCUGUCCAAACGGCUGUAAAGAUCGGAUGUGACCCUCGACCGACUGCAGCGGCUAAACUCAGCGUUUGGCCCUUUAUGCAGAACACAGAACAUGUUUGUCUUUUUAAGAUCCUGAGGUUUUCUCAGCAGUGUGUGUGUGUGUGUGUGUGUGUGUGUGUGUGUGUGUGUGUGUGUGAGUCUGUGUGUGUGUGUGUGUGUGUGUGU